UCUUUAACUGCAUGAGCAUAAAUAUGAAUAUUUUAUUGUUACAGUAGCUGUAGUCAUUGCGUUUUUCAUAUGCUGGGCACCGUUCCACGUUCAACGUCUGAUUGCAAUCUACGGUACAGGCAACGAUCGGGUUACAUCAAAAAGUAAAGCUAUGAUACUGCUCUACAAUAUUUUCACGUAUUUGUCCGGUGUAUUGUACUAUGUAUCGACUACCAUCAACCCUAUUCUCUACAACAUUAUGUCCAACAAAUUUCGCGAAGCUUUCAAGGAAACAUUAGCCAAGAGUUGUGGUUCAAGAUCGUCAGGUAACUUGGAGCAAAGAUCAUAUUCAAGUUUAUCACGUUCGCAGCAGAGGACAUUAGGCGGUGGAAAUUUUGGCUCACGCACAACCGCCGGUACAGGAAUCGGUACUGGAGUCGGGCAGGACAGUUCCGAGGGUUCUGGCAACUCAAUACGUGACGAGAAUAACCUGAGGAUGCAAACAAUAAUAACGCCGGUGGAUAGUAAACCCAGUGAUAUAAUGCCGGUUAAUUUACCGUCUCAGCGGCACAGUGAUGACAAUUACUUGAUAUUUAACAAAAAAAUUAGCAAAAAGUAUUCAACUAAGUCUGGUAACACCGAGUUAACAGUUAUCGAGAGUAAAAAUAAUUGCAACGACGAUGACUUUGAUAGUGAGAUUAAUGACAAAAAUGAAAAAAAUACUAGCCGAGUAAUGAAUGGUGAAAUGUGUCAUCAGCGAAGACUCACCGAUUCUAAUGAUGAUCAUGAUGUAAGUAAGCGACAAGGGCGCGGUAAUAACAAAUCAAAGUACUUUGGACUCAGAAUAAACAAUGACAAAAAGUGGUGGAGGUUUUUUAAGUGGCUACCAGCUGGUGGUGUUUUUAAAUUCACUAAGAACUCGAGACAAAAUCCCGGUGAAUCCGCUGUCAGUGACAUUGAGAGUAAUCGCGAAGAGUACUCUAUGACAACUUGUUAUAUUGCCGGCGAGCAUAGACUUGUUUAG